UGGAACGGUCACAGUAUAUUAACCUAUCUAAGUCCUCUGUAACUCACUCCUCAUGCACCACUAUAUCUAUAGAGUUGUGCAGCAUUUACACUGCACCACACAGAAUGAAGUGUGAUACCCCACUUCCUCUAGCCCCUGCCCAGCACAAUCUGUUCUGCUAAUAUAGGAGUGAGAGCUUACUCUUUAGCUCAAAACAAUUUUUUAGAUCUUCUCAGACAGCACUUGCUAUGGAGGACAGCUUUGAAUCAGAUCAGGUUUAUGAAGAGGUGGAGGGCAGGACGGAAGGAGUACAACACAGGGCACUAGCUCUGGAGAUGAACGAGUAUACAUCAGAUUCUAUCUAUGAAAACACAUACAGCAAGAAGCCCCAAUGCAUAAGACCAGGAGAGCAACAAUGGGAAUCGGCAGUGCCUGUGGAUUCUUCUGAUAGACCAGCAGCUUCCUGUGGACGAGCUGUGUGUCUUCUUACAGCUCUGAGCUGCCUGCUGCUGGCAGCCAGUGUAGCCCUGGGGGUGUUCUUUUUUGACCUGCAGACUAAGAACAUCGAACUCCAAUCCCAGUAUUCAGAACUGGAAAGGAACUACACAGACAUAGUUUCUGACUUCCAGACCAAGAACCUCAAACUCCAGUCCCAGUAUUCAGAACUGAAAAGGAACUACACAGACACAGUUUCUAAUUUCCAGACCAAGAAAAUCGAACUCCAAUCCCAGUAUUCAGAACUGGAAAGGAACUACACGGACAUCUUAGCCAGAGAGCGAGUUUGUAAAUCCUGUCCACAGAACUGGGAGCUGUUCAAUGGCAAGUGUUACUACUUCUCCACUGAUAGAAUGAACUGGAACUCCAGCCGUGAUAACUGCACAUCACUGGGGGGGCACCUGGUGAUUAUAGAGAGCGAUGGAGAGCAGGGAUUCCUAUCGGAUAAGGCUUGGAACAGCACACAAGCGGCUAAUAUAAUCAAUCCAGAAGAGCAAUCCCACUGGAUCGGCCUGACUGAUGCUAUUACUGAAGGAACCUGGCUCUGGGUGGACGGCACUCCUCUCAUUGGCAAUGUCAAAGCAAAAUUCUGGGCCACUAGGAGUGAUGGUGGUAAAGAGCCUGAUGACCAUGAAAAUGAAGACUGUGCAAGACUACACCCAAAGAGGAAUUCCCAGGAGACCUGGUUCGAUGCCCCGUGCACAAAACAAUAUAAAAGGAUUUGUGAAACUAAAGCAGUGAUAGCCUAAUAAGAGGAUUAUCAGGACAAUAGGAAGCUAAGGUUAUUGAAGCACAAAGAGAGACUAGAAAGAAUAGAAGAAGCUCAGUUCAGAUAGACAAGCAUGCAGGUCAUCCCCCAACAUUACCAUAUUAACCGUUUGAUUCCCACAUUAUGAAAAAGCAGAGAUAACAAUGAGCUGGUGGUUAUUUGUACUGAACGUAGUCUGGCCUUGAGAACAGAAUUGCAUUGUUUGUUGUUCUGAAACAUUAAAAAUCUCAAAAUAUUAAAGUGAAGCUGAGAUAUAAAACUGACCUCAGGUAGUUUAGAAACAUGAACAGAAAGGUCAGUGUUCAUUUAAAACCACUGCACACAUGCACCGAAGUGACUCGCUAACCCUGAUCUCUUGUAAAUUAAAUAAAUAUUGGAUUCACCCAAAUGUAAUGUGAAAGUUCUCUAGGAGGCUAGGAACAGUUAUCAUGAGGACCCAAACGGCAAGAUUGGGAAUCAAAGGCUUAAUUGUAAUGAUGGGGAGAUGCAACCUGAUUCCUCACAGGGAGGAGCCAGUCCUACCUAACUGAUAGAAACACAAACCCACAGACAGUCUGAAUCAAGACACUGAUGAAGGCAAAGGCCGAAACGAUGGUCUAGUUGACUACUCCCACUGUUUAAAUAACACACGAUCAUCACGUGUUGAAAACAAGAUUGUUCAUUGCAGCCAUGUGGAUUAAAUGCUGAUUGCACAUCAUUUAGGUCUACAUGAUUGCCUAUUGAAGUCAGGGAUAAAAACUUCUGAAAUAAAAGCCAUAUUCAGAAACUGUUUUUUUUUUUCUAGUUUUACACUCUCUAGUGGCUGACAGAGGGAUGACUAAUAGUCACACAGGAUCCAGACAGUGUUCCUGCUGUCCAGCUGAUCAUGUCUAAACUGUAUCUGCAGGGUCUGCUCUGAGCUACAAUGAACCCACUGAAACAAGUACUGCAGCAGAUUAGUAUUAUCAUUUUAUAUCCCUGCACUGCACAGCUACCCUUUAUAAAAGUUCACCCUGGUGACUGUACAGUCAUUUUGCAGUCUUCUGUGCUUUUAACAGGCUUGUGUUGAUGAAACGUUGUUUUUACAAUACAUAUCUGUGAUUCACCUGCUCACUUUUGCUUUACCAUGAUUGUGCUGCACUUCAAAUAUGCUUUAAUAUAUUUUGCUGUGCUUUUACCCUGGUAUAUCAGAAACUUUUACAAGGGUAGAUUUUUAUCUUUAAUAUAGUGUUUCACUCCAUUCUUACUACAGCUCCCAUCAUUCCUCACUGGUACUACUGGUGCUGAGGCAUUAUGGGAGCUUUGAAGAGUGAAUGAUAGAGACUCUAGUAGUAUAAGCAUGAUGCCUAGGGUGACCUAUAUGACCUUUAAUGACUUAUGAAGUUUUUUAUGACUUUAUGAAUAUAUAUAUAUAUAUAUAUAUAUAUAAGUACAACUACUUAUAACUACAAAGUCUACA